AUGAUCACCAAGUACUUCACCAAAGUUGUCAUCAGAUUCAAUCCACUCGGUAAAGAAGGAAAGGCAUCACGUCUCUUCCUCAGCUCGAUCCCUCCUUCAUUAAGAGGUGCUUGCGUCAUCGACCAUAAGGUCAUCACAGACAACAAGACGAAGCCUAUGCUUUCGGUGACUUUUAAGGAUAAGCAGACCUUGGAUGCUGAUCCAUCAACGAUGACAUUUGGCGAGAUUAGUGCCAUUAUGGAUAGACACUCCAGAGCACUACAGAUCAAGGACAGCAUCCAAGCAUGAUUCUGGGGAGCUUGUCAGAGGAAUCUGGGCACUUGUCAUGCUACCGGAGGGUUUGUUUCGCUAUAUGUAUAUAUAAUAUCUGUAAAUAAAAGGUUUGUUAUUGGUUUCAUGG